AGCGCAUGCGCGCCGGUUUGGUUCUUCCUUUUCGAUCUUGUCGAGACAGAGAGAAGAUGGGUCACCAGCAGCUCUACUGGAGUCACCCUAGAAAAUUCGGACAGGGUUCACGCUCCUGCCGAGUAUGUUCUAACAGGCACGGACUGAUCCGAAAAUACGGGCUGAACAUGUGCCGUCAAUGUUUCCGACAGUACGCCAAAGAUAUUGGCUUUGUUAAGCUUGAUUAAAGAAAAGCCUCCUUGGAUUUGAUAUGACUUGCAAUCAACAUGGCAUGUCACAUUGAAGUUUAAACAAAAUGGACAUUUGCUGUAUGCAUAGUUUGGAAUAAUAAAAUUUUGGAUGACAAUG